UUCGGAUGACUUUGGGCAUUACCAUUGACGCUUGCCUGACACAGACGUCAAAAUGAAAACAAUUCCAAUAUUUUACUUAUUUUUGCAGCUUUUCCACAUAGGUUCUUCCUUUUUCGACAUUGACGAACUGAAAAGCUUUAACUAUGGUAUUGACAUUAGAAAUGAACCAGUGGUUAUGAAGUCUGAGAGUGAGGAUGAAGCUGAUGUGAAUACUGUACAUCUCACCUCAAAAUAUGGACAGCCUUACCAGUGUAGCUUUCCAAAUACUGUUGAACAUGAAAAGCAGAAAGAAGAAGCUGAAAAAGUUGCAUUAGAAACUGGUAUACCUGAUUUACUGAAACCAAUGGAAAGUGCUCCAUGUUUGAGGAAGACGAAGGAUUGGUGGAGUUAUGAAUUCUGCUAUGGCAAACACAUAAAACAGUUUCAUACUGCAGAUGAUGGUAGGAUAGAAGGGGAGAUUAUUCUUCUUGGCAACUUUGAAUCAGAGUACAACUGGGAUGAAGAUUCCGACCAGUCCGAUACAGAGAAAAAGAGGAACAAAGUACGAAGAUAUCAUACCCAGCAAUAUGUAAAUGGAAGUAAAUGUGAUCUGAAUGGGCAGCAGAGGAAAACUGAAGUUAGGUUUAUAUGUGAGGAGGGUUCGGCUGACUACAUUUCAAGACUUGAUGAGCCGGAGACCUGUGUCUACAUCAUGACCAUUCACACCAUGAGAAUAUGUCAUCACCCAUUCCUGAAACCCCCAACACCAACCCAGACUGUCACUGUCACAUGCAAUCCUCUACUGACAGUGAUUCAGUACCAAGAAUAUCUGGAUGAACUAGAAGCUAAAGAGGAAAGAGAGAGAUUAGAAGAGGAAGAAAGAUUACGAAAGGAAGAAGAACAGAAAAAAAUUCAAGAAGAAAAGGCAAAGUAUUAUAAAGAAAAUAACUUAGAAACAGAUGAAGAUGGUGAAGUUGAGGUGGAGGAUGAGGAACCAACAAGUCCAGCAGAUCUACCUACAGGGAACCAGGAUAGCUUGUUUGGUGGUGACUGGUCCAGUCUGCUGAAAGAUGCUAAUGCUGGAGGUGAUGGAAGUCCAGUACAAAUGAAGACAAUGUAUAAGGUGGUUCAGUCGCCUGAGGAUCUCAAAGAUUUCCUCAAAGACAUUCAAAAGAUGAAAAAAUUACAGGCUGAGAAGAUAAAGGAUAAAACUGGAGAGAUAGAAGAAUCAGAGGAGGAGGAGGAAGAAGAUGGAGAGAAAAAGAUUAAUAUACCAAAAACUGUUGACAAAGGACAACCACCAACAUAUAAACACCUGGAUACAGAUGAUGGCACUGAAGAGGAGUUAAAUGAUCCGGAUCUGGAAGAACUUGACACAGAAAUCAAAACAUUAAAGGAACGUUACAAAAAUAGAAAAGACAGACUAACUGAUAUAAAGAACAAAGUGAAAUCAUCCAUGGAAACACAGUAUGAAUCCAUUAUAAAGGAGGCAAAAGAAGAGCUUGCACAGGAAGGUCUGGAGACAGACGAACAGGUUAGAGAAAACAGACAGGCAAUCAGACAGCUUACCAAAACUGUAGAUAAUUUGCUCAAUAAACUGGAUAAAACUGAAAAAGAAAUAAAAGCGGUUGACAAAGAGUUGGAACAGUUUGCAGAAUAUGAUAGUGAAGAAAAAGAUGUGAAAUCUAUACCUCCAGUUAAAGAUUCAGAUACACACACAGCUGUUUCCCCUGCUAAAGGUCCAACAAAAACGGAAACGUCAGAUGACAGCCGCGUUAAAGUGAGAGUUAGACGUAUCAGGCAGGGAGAGAAGAAUUCUCUAGGGAGUGACUUACAGAACAAACAAACGGCCGAGUUAGAAAAAAGUGUUCAGAAAGAACUUCAAAAAGCUGGCCUUGGUAAUGGAGAUACAAUCCAAGUGAAAAUUAUUACAACCAGUUAUGUUGAUGGUGAUGAUGAAACUAUGCAUGUUCUGUCGGAACAGGAAUCAGAAACAUUCAGGAAUAUGAUUGUUGACAUGAUUGGUGGACAAUCUGAGGUAGACAAAGAGCAGGCCAGGCAUGAUGAACUGGAAGAAAACUACAGCUUUGUGUGGGGCGAAAACCAUCCCCCCACACAGCCACAGACCCCUGUUAUCACAGCUGGUAAAACAAAUUCGAAAGAUACUACUGAUAUAGAAGGUACAACAGGCUCGGAGGAUACUACUAACACAGAGGGCAAAGUAGAAAUAGAGGGUAACUCAGAGGAAAUUUCAAGCACAGUUUUAAAUUCACAAGAUAAUGAGGAAGAUAUUAUUAAAGAUGCCGAAGACUCAUAGCAAACUUGAAUGGAUUCUUUAAAUGAUUUUCCUGCAAAUAAAAUGUAUUUUUUUCGUUUUUUAUUGCUUUUGGUUAUUUUUGGAUACUUACACUUUCUUAAUUUUGUAAUCUAUGAAUAUUACUUUGUUUUCAGAAAACAUAAGGUUAGGUUGUUGAAAAUUAUUCAGUGAAAAGGUUGUUGUGGGGGUGGGUGGGGGGGGGAUGAAGUUGACUUAAUAUGUAGUGACCUAAACAAAACAAAACAAAUUUUGAAAGUCAUCCUGUUAAUUCUCCCAGUCUCUUUUUUUUUUUAAGCCUGUUUCACAAUUGUUUUUCCAUUUAGAUUAACACAAUUUGGAAAACAAUCUGAAUUUUAAUGGGAAGAGAAAACCACAAAAAUCCAUCAUUUCUAGUCUUAGAUCAUUACCUCUCCUCAAUUAUAAUUGAUGAAAAGAUUAAAGCGCAAUUAGGAUUGGUAUCGGUACACUUUAUUUGCAGGUUAAUGCGAUAUGACUGUUAAAUGUGUUCAAGAUCAUGUGAUAUUGUUUAAGAAUUAAACAACUUAAAAAAAGCUAUAAACAUAAAUGUUUUUUGUCAGAUAUUGGUGAUAUGGAUAUUAAACAUGUAGAUAUAUCUUUAAAUAUUUGAUAUUUAGUAAAAAUUGUAACCGUCACAUGUAUUUUAAUAGGCAUUAAAAAAGUGUGAGAAAUUUGAAUUAAUUUUUAUGGGUACUGAAACAUAGUUUCAUAGGUAUUGUUAAAGACUUCUUGGGACCGGUGCCUUUAAGAGUGAAAAUCUAAGUAUCUUACGUCUUUGAUCCUUUUAGAACCAGAAAAAAGUAGGGGAAAUUAGCCGUAGAAGAUUUAGGUCAGCUUUUUGGUGUAUAGGUCAGCGCUCACACACACAUCAUUUUCUGAUUGUUCUUUUGCUGUUUCAUUUGGUUUUAAGUGCAAUUACUCGCGUUACUCAAUACUUCUUUUUUUUUUUUAGAAAAUGUGUCAUGCUUUUGUACAGCAACUAGAAAGUUAAGCUAACAGUUAUGUAGUAAUGUUCCUAACAUAAAAACACAUGAAGGCUUUGGCUGUGUGUCAAUGUUUUAUAAGAUCGAAUUUUUUUUUGUUUAAAAUCAAAAUUCAUUGCACAUUUACAUGGUAUAUUUUAAUGCCUUUAUGAUGAUCACUCAAUCUAAAGUUGUUUGUUGUUCAGAUGUUACCAAUAUGGAAAUGUCAGUUUAUUAUGAGUGGCCUCACAGGGAAAAUUUUUUUUUACCUGUAGGUCACUUGAUGACAAUUUAUGUAAAAAUCUAAAAUGUGAUGUGAUAAUAAUUUAAUGUUGUUUCAUGUAAUCAAGUCUGUUUUAUAAAAGUUUGGAAGAAAAGACUUGGCUGUAUUUAUAUUUUACUUUUAUAGGUUGUUAUUAGUGAUGCUUGCCUUAAAAUUUUAUUUUCCAAACAAUGUAUAUAUUUUUCAUGUAAAGAGCUUCUAGUCAAAUAAUCCUGAGUAAACAUAUAUAAAUGUAUAAUGAGGAUUGGGCAUAAUCCAUUAAAAUGGAAAUCCAUGAAAUAUCUGACUUAUAAUACAUUUAUGAAUUUAAAGAAUCAGUAUAUUUUUAGCUCGACUAUUUGAAGAAUAGGGGAGCUAUCCUACUCGCACCGACGUCGGCGUUAGCAUGAGCGUGAGCGUCACACAACUGUUAAAGUUUGCGUACCACCCCAAAUAUUUUCAAAGUCCAUUGACAUAUUGCUUUCAUAUUUUGCUUACUUGUUUACCAUCAUGACCCCUGUCUGUAAAAAGGAGGAGGCAACUCUAUCAAGCGUUUUGACUGAAUUAUGGCCCCUUUUCGACUCAGGAUAAAUGUUAAAGUUUGCGUACCACCCCAAAUAUUUUCAAAGUCCAUUGAGAUAUUGCUUUGAUAUUUUGCAUACUUGUUUACCAUCAUGUCCCCAGUCUGUAAAAAGGAGGAGGCAACUCUAUCAAGCAUUUUGACAGAAUUAUGGCCCCUUUUCGACUUAGAAUAAAUGUUAAAGUUUGCGUACUACCCCAAAUAUUUUCAAAGUCCAUUGAGAUAUUGCUUUCUUAUUUUGCAUACUUGUUUACCAUCAUGACCCCAGUCUGUAAAAAGGAGAAGGCAACUCUAUCAAGCAUUUUGACUGAAUUAUGGCCCCUUUUCGACUUAGAAUAAAUGUUAAAGUUUGUGUACCACCCAAAAUAUUUUCAAAGUCCAUUGAGAUAUUGCUUUCAUAAUUUGCAUACUUGUUUCCCAUAAUGACCCCAGUCUGUAAAAAGGAGGAGGCAACUCUAUCAAGCAUUUUGACUGAAUUAUGGCCCCUUUUCGACUUAGAAUAUGCUUAUUAUUGUUAAAGUUUUACUCAUUGCUUAUAUUAUACCAUCAAGCACUGAGAAUAGUCGAGCGCGCUGUCCACUGACAGCUCUUGUUGAAAUAUGCAUGUUUCAUUUUGAUUUCGCUGUGAUGUUUGCUAGGACGGUCUCAAAUUGUCCUAUUUGCUAUCUUUUAGAUGAAAAAUUUCAUUUUGCUUGCUAAUACAUAUUUUUCUCUGAAAUACAAAAGGUUCCAAUCAGAAUAAUAAAAUGAGCCGCACCAUGAGAAAACCAACAUAGUGGGUUUGUGACCAGCAUGGAUCCAGACCAGCCUGCGCAUCCGCGCAGUCUGGUCAGGAUCCAUGCUGUUCGCUAACAGUUUCUCUAAUUGCAAUAGGCUUUGAAAGCGAACAGCAUGGAUCCUGACCAGACUGCGCGGAUGCACAGGCUGGUCUGGAUCCAUGCUGGUCGCAAACCCACUAUGUUGGUUUUGUCAUGGCACGGCUAAAAUAGUGGUCAAGAUCCUCUGAUUGCUUGUGUUUUGAGUUCUCAGUUGCUACAACUGUUCCAUAGGGGUUUAUUGUUAUAAAAUGGCUUAAUAGACUGGUUUACAUUCUAAAUAUAAGAAAGAGGUUAAGACUAGGGAAUUUUCGUUUUUUUUUUGUGAAAUAUGAUAAAGCAGUUUAUUUAGUUACUAUAUUGCUUAUUUUCAUAGAUAAAGGCAAUCUUGCUUUUCAGUUUGAUUUUAUGUUUGAGCCACUGAUGAAACAGUAUUUUUCAUGAUGGGUUUUAUUUUCUCUUGCAUUCAAAAAGAGAAGAAAAAAAAUGAUUCAAGAAUUCCAAAAAGACAUAUCUGUUUUAGACAGCAUUAUGUCAAGAUGUAUAACUCACUGUGGAGCUUAUGGGCCAUUAUGGCCAAGUAAUUAAGGCCAUUGAGUUUGAAUCACUUGCCCCUUGUCACUGGGUUCAAAACCUCACUUGAGGGGCAUAGAAUUCUUCAUGUAAGGAAGCGAUCCAGCUGGCUCCUCUACCAAGGUUUCCAUGCCCGAAACAAUGUCCAGAGCAGCACCUUCACCAUCAACAGCUGGAAAUAUGACAUAAGCUAUGUCAGUAUGACUCUAAAACCAACCGAAAAAUUCCAAAACUGUAAAGUUGGAACUCGAAGCAAUGCAAAUAUGGCUGGCUGCUGUCUUUCAAGAAUCUUAAGAGUAAAGUGGCAUGAAAAAUAUCCAAUUAUCAGUGUCUGUUGUAUAAUGUUUAAGGGAAAGACGUAGCAUUAUUCAGCUUUCGAUUAAUCAUUCCAUUUUGAUAAUAUAUAUUUUCAUUGUUAACUGAAAUUCCCAUGAUUUUGUAAAUAAGGGAAACUAGUAUUACAUGUUAUGUGAUCACCUGCUGGUGGGGUGGCAGAUGGAGUCAGCUCAAGUUGUCCACACAUUUACUUGAGCAGUUCUUUUUCCGUGUUCAUCAAAGUUGGUCACACUGUAUAUGGGCGUUUUACUUUGUAAAGUUAGCUAACUAGCUGGAUUGUCCCAGAGGCUCUGGAGUUAUGGCCCUUGAAUUUCUAAAAUUUGUGAAAAUUGACAGUUUCUGCUUUCUUAAUUGAGUAGUUCUUAUCCAAUGUAAAUCAAACUUAGUCACAAUGUUUAGGGGCAUAGUGUCUCUGACAGAUUCCAUAACCAGCUAGAUACUCAUAGCCACUCUUUAUGGUCCUUAAAUUACUUAGAAUUGGGAAUAUUGACUAUGUCUACUUGACCUGAGCAGUUAUUAUUCAAUGUUCAAACUUAGAAUAUUUAUGGGCAUAUUUUCACGGCCAAGUUAGAUAACCAGUUAGGAGGUCUUUGUGGCUGUGGUGUAUUAGUUGAAAUUUAGAAAAUUGAUGACAAGUGUUCUCUAUAAGCAGUGUAGUUCAAAAGUCAACAGUAAUUUGCUGUGACUGGCAUGUAUUGUGAUGGCUUGCCACUCUUGUUUGGUGUUUUUUAACUUUGUGAUUAGUAGAUAUUGUUUAAAUUGUACUUUUUUUACCAUUUUUUGCUUGUUUAUUAUUUGUGAUCACCCGUCGUCCGUCGUCAGUCCGUCCAUGCGUCUGUCUGUCAACAAUUUCUUGUCUGCAUGAUAGUGGUUUCAUCUAUGAUUUUAUUUUAACCAAACUUGCACACAACUUGUAUCACCAUAAGAUCUUGGUUCCUUUCUUGAACUGGCGAGAUUCCGUUAUGGGUUCCAGAGUGAUGGCCCCUGAAAGGGCCAGAAUUAGCUAUUUUGACCUUGUCUGCACAAUAGCAGCUUCAUUUAUGAUUUGAAUUUAAUCAAACUUGCACAAAACUUGUGUCACCGUAAGAUCUCGGUUCCUUUCUUGAACCGGCCAGAUCCCUUAAUGGGUUCCAGAGUUAUGGCCCCUGAAAGGGCCAAAAUUAGCUAUUUUGACCUUGUCUGCACAAUAGCAGCUUCAUUUAUGAUCUGAUUUUAACCAAACUUGCACACAACUUGUAUCACCACAAGAUCUUGGUUCCUUUCUUGAACUGGCCAGAUUCCAUCAUGGGUUCCAGAGUUAUGGCCCCUUAAAGGUCCAAAAUUGGCUAUUUUGGCUUUUGCAGCCAUAUAGAGACUUCAUUAUGGUUAUAUUUGAUACAAACUUCCAAAAUAUCUUCAACAACAAUAAAUCUUGGAUUCCAUGACAAAUCAGAUCCAAUCGUAGGUUCCAGAGUUAUUUUAUAUCUGAUUACCUCCCCUGAUUGUAAUCAAAAUGGAUUUAUAUCAGUAAGUACUUAUAGGACUUAUUUGAAAUUUCAUUAUUGUCAUUAGUUGGACUGAGCCAAUCAGGGUAGAUAACUAUGGACUGAUUUUAUUUCAAAUUACCUCACUUUAUUUCAAAUUAAAAUGGGUAUAUCUCCAUAACUGAUGAAGAUACUGAUCUGAAAUUUCAUUUAUGUCAACAGAUUUAUUUGGCAGAUCCUUCUUUUGUUCACUUACAAUAAUUUUGUUUUAAUUACUUCCCUUUUGCAUUACUAUAAAUAGCUUAUUUUUAGUAACUUUUUUAUUAUUGGCCAUAGGGAAAACCGAGACCACUUUUGUCUGGUACAACAUGGAUGGUACCUCCAAUUUUUUAGGUGUAUUUUGACAUAUCUGUACCUUGUAAGAUUUUUUUUUUCUUUUUGGUUAAGUUUCUUCCCUUUGUUGUUCCUGUCCUUUUUUUCUGAGGACCUUCUUGUCCUCGAGUGCAAUGAUAACAGGUGAGCGAUAUAGGGCCAUCAUGGCCCUCUUGUAUUUUGUUCAUAUUAUUAAAAUAUUGGAAAUUUGAUAGAGAGCUAGUUAUAAUUCCACUCAAAGAAGAGGUGGUAUAUUGUUUUGGUAAUGUUGUUGGUAUAUUGUUCUUUUACUGUGUUCAUCUGUCUGUAAACCAUUUAGUUUCCACUUAGAUUUUAGAAUACUUGGACCUAUUGAUCAAUCUUUAUAGUCUGUAGUCAGUAGAUGACUCCUAUUAUUUUUGGGGUCAGUUCCUCAAAGGUCAAGGUUACAGUGACCUUGAGACUGCAAACUGCUUUUGAUUGAAAGCUUGAGAAGGAUUUGCCUACAAACUUCAGCCUUCAUAAGAAGAUUGCCUGCGAUCAGUAGGUAACUCCUAGUGUUUGAGGCAUCUGUUCAUCAAAGGGCAAGGUGACCUUGAGACUGAAAACUGUUUUUGAUUAAAAGCUUGAGAAUGAUUGUCCUACAACCUUAAGCUUUCAUAGGAUGAUUGGCUAUGGUCAGUAGGUGACUCCUAGUCUUAGAGGGAUCUGUUCCUCAAAGGUCAAGGUCGCAGUGACCUUGAGACUGAAAACUUAUUUUUUGUUACUGGUAAUAGCCUGAGAAUGCUUUUGCUUGUGACUUCAAAACUUCAUAUGUUUGCCUGUGGUCUGUAGAUGACUUUUAGUGUUUUUAGGGUCAGUGUAUCAAGGGUCAAGGUUAUGGUGACAUCGAGAAUGAAAAGUCCUUUUGAUUUAUAGCUUGAGAAAGCUUGGGUACACACUUUCAAACUUCAUAGAAUGUUUGCUUGUGAUUUGAAAAUGAAUCAUUUCUUUUAGGGUCAGUUUGUCAAAGGUCAAUAAUACAUUGACUUUUACACUGAAAACAGUUUCAGCAUAAUAACUUGAGAAUGCCCUGGUCUUUUGACCUUCAGGUUCAUUAGUAUUAUAAGCCGAGUUUAAAAAAUGCCCCAUACUGCUUUGGAAAUCAGAAAAUCAAAGGUCAAGGUUACAGUAAUCUUGGAAACUAUAAUUUGUUUUGAUACCUGGUGAAUAUUUGGGUCUAUAAUCUUCAAACUCCAUAUGAUAAUGACCCUGUGGUCAGUAGAUAACCCCUAUUGCUUUUGGGGUCAGUAUGUGAAAGGUCGGGGUCAUAGUGUCAUCGGGACUGAAAACAGUUGAAGAUUGUUUCAGCUUAGGAGUGAAAGGUCACAGUAACCUUUAGGCUGAAAGUUUUUCCCAACAAUAAAUAAAGAAUAAUUAGACCUUCAGCUGUCAAAGGUGAAAGGUCACAGCAUUCUUAGGACUGAAAAUGACAUACCCAUUUACCUGCAACAGACCAUCUUGGUGGGCAUACAUGAUUUACAGACAACUUCUGUUUUCAUAUUUAAAGAUCUAUCACAAAAAUAGAUUCUUAUUUUUGCAAUCUUUGUCAGAGAACAUUAUUUAGCCAUUUUUGCUAAUUAUGCUAUACCCAGUAUAGCGAAACGUUUAUACAUAAGUAUAAUCUAUUUACCUUUAAUAUUCAAAUAAGUUCAUUUAACCUUUUUUUAACAGGCUUGCUUGUAGAAUUGAAGGUCUGCAACUUCACCCUAAUCUUCGAUAAAAUCAUUUAACCAUUCUUUGUAUGCGUAUAUUUCUAAUUUGUCAGCAAUUUUUAUGCCCCCGAAGGGAGGCAUAUAGUUCUUGAACCGUCUGUCGGUCUGUCGGUCUGUCAGUCUGUCAGUCUGUCCGCAAUUUUUGUGUCCGGUCCAUAUCUUUGUCAUUGAUGGAUGGAUUUUCAAAUAACUUGGCAUGAAUGUGUACCACAGUAAGACGAAGUGUCGCGCGCAAGACCCAGGUCCGUAGCUCAAAGGUCAAGGUCACACUUAGACAUUAAAGGAUAGUGCAUUGAUGGGCGUGUCCGGUCCAUAUCUUUGUCAUCCAUGGAUGGAUUUUCAAAUAACUUGGCAUGAAUGUGUACCACAGUAAGACGACGUGUUUUGUGCAAGACCCAGGUCCAUAGCUCAAAGGUCAAGGUCACACUUAGACGUUAAAGGUCAUUUUUCAUGAUAGUGCAUUGAUGGGCGUGUCCGGUCCAUAUCUUUGUCAUCCAUGGAUGGAUUUUCAAAUAACUUGGCAUGAAUGUGUACCACAGUAAGACAACGUGUCGCGCGCAAGACCCAGGUCCGUAGCUCAAAGGUCAAGGUCACACUUAGACAUUAAAGGAUAGUGCAUUGAUGGGCGUGUCCGGUCCAUAUCUUUGUCAUCCAUGGAUGGAUUUUCAAAUAACUUGGCAUGAAUGUGUACCACAGUAAGACGACAUGUCGCGCGCAAGACCCAGGUCCGUAGCUCAAAGGUCAAGGUCACACUUAGACGUUAAAGGAUAGUGCAUUGAUGGGCGUGUCUGAUCCAUUUCUUUGUCAUCCAUGGAUGGAUUUUCAAAUAACUUGGCAUGAAUGUGUAUCACAGUAAGACGACCUGUCGUGCGCAAGACCCAGGUCCAUAGCUCAAAGGUCAAGGUCACACUUAGACGUUAAAGGUCAUUUUUCAUGAUAGUGCAUUGAUGGGCGUGUCCGGUCCAUAUCUUUGUCAUUCAUGCAUGGAUUUUAAAAUAACUACGUAUGAAUGUGUGACACAGUAAGACGACGUGUCGCUAUCAAGACCCAGCUCCGUAGGUCAAAGGUCCUAAACUCUAACAUCGGCCAUAACUAUUCAUUCAAAGUGCCAUCGGGGGCAUGUGUCAUCCUAUGGAGACAGCUCUUGUUUAAUUUACUUUUUGCUUUGAUGCUCACUUAGCUCAAUAGGCAGUGUACAAAACUUCAUGUCAGGAGGUUGUUGGGUGUGAAUAAUGGCUGAGGCCAGUAUCCAUGAUGAUUGACUGAAAACAUCAUUUUUAAGUCAUUCAUCCUCCACCUCUGAUUCAUGUAGAGAAGUUGUCAGUUACAGGUUAGUGCUAGUGAAGAAUCCUAUAAAACCAGAUAGGUUAGCUUUUGUAUAUUACUGAAAUAUUAACCCAUUACUCCAUGGAUACGCAUUUAAUCACAUGUGCAACUAGUGUAUAUCCAGAUCAGCCUGCACAUCCGUGCAGUCUGAUCAGGAUCUGCACUGUUCGCAUUUCAGUCAAAAAUUCUUAAAUGAACUUAAAAGCGGACAGUGCAGAUCCUGAUCAGACUGCACGGAUGUGCAGGCUGAUCUGGAUCUACACUGGUCGCACAUGUGACUAAACGCAUAUCCAUGAAGUAAUUGGUUAACUGAUCACUGUAUAUAACUGAAAUGCUGUUUAAAUAUGAUACAAAACCCAACAAAAUCAAACUGAAUAUUUUGCAUGCAUGUAUUUCUUCAUCUGUCAGCAAAUUUGUAAAUGAGCCGCGCCAUGAGAAAACCAACAUUGUGGAUUUGCGACCAGCAUGGAUCCAGACCAGCCUGCGCAUCCGCGCAGUCUGGUCAGGAUCCAUGCUGUUCGCUUUCAAAGCCUAUUGGAAUUAGAGAAACUGUUAGCGAACAGCACGGAUCCUGACCAGACUGCGCGGAUGCGCAGGCUGGUCUGGAUCCAUGCUGGUCGCAAACCCACUAUGUUGGUUUUCUCAUGGCACGGCUCAAAUGUAAUUGAUUGGCCUCGUUGCAUAUUUUCUCCAUGAUGUGGGAGUACUUCUGUUUCUCAUUAGUAUGUGCAUUUUGUGAAUGUAAACUACGUAAGAUAUAUUAUUACCUAAUUGUGUAUAAUUGACUCGAUUUUACAUCUGUUAUAGUUACCAUCAUCUCAAUACAUCUUUAGCAUGAAUUAUUAAAACUACCUUCUGUUAGAGUUGAGGUAUUUUUUUCUUUUUAUGCAAUAAUUGUGGGUGGAUUUUGAUUAUAUAUAAUUGUACAUGCUAAUAUGUUUAAGUACAUGUGUUGGUUCUGUUUUGUUUUUUUGUUUUUUUUUUAAAUAAAAGUGCAAAACUGUU